CAGAUUCGAAGUUGGUCAGGACAUUCACUGUCGCCUGGCUAGAAAGCUGGUAUCUUGGUGGGAACUGGGCAUGGAAAACCUGUCACCUAAGAGAUCACCUGGCCAUCUGCACAAGGGGGAGGCCUCUGCCUGCUGGCGGCUCACCGUGCGGGUCCUGGAGGCGUGGAGACUACACCGGGUUGACUUGUUGAGUGAGGCCGACCCGUAUGUGAUCCUGCAGCUGCCAACCUCUCCUGGGAUGAAGUUCAGGACCAAAACGGUCUCCAACUCCAGCCAUCCUGUGUGGAAUGAGACCUUCAGUUUCCUCAUCCAGAGUCGGGUCAAGAAUGUUCUGGAGCUGGGCAUCUAUGACGAAGAUUUAAUUACAAAGGAUGACAUCUGCUUCAAGGUUUUCUAUGACAUCUCAGAAGUCCUUCCUGGCAAGCUGCUCCAGAAAACCUUCUUCCUGGGUCCCCAGGGACAGGAAGAGCUGGACGUGGAGUUCCUAGUAGAAGAAACGCCCGGCCCUCCAGAAUACCUGAUCACCAACAAUGUCCUCGUGGCCCGGGAGCUGUCACGCCUGGACGUCCAUCUGGACAGAGCAGGGAGCACCCCUGGGGGAGCAGACUGGGGCAAGCUGGAGCUGGAGCUGGUGCUGAAGGGGUCCUUUGAAGACACGCAGACGUCUGCCCUGGGCACAGCCUCUGCCUUCCGCUUCCAUUACCUGGCAGCCCAGGACACAGAGCUGCAUGGGCGCCUGAAGAGCUCCAGAAGCAGCGGUUGGAACACAGACAGCUCAGCUGGGCACUUUACUGUGCCCCUGCAGUCCUUGGCCGGGGGGAGAGAGGUGACCAUCUGUGUUCCUGCUACAGAUGACCCAGGAGUGAGACUGCAGCUCAAGGCAGACAGCUGCCCUAAGGAGCUGGAUGUGCGCCUGGGCUUUGAUCUCUGUGUGGAGGAGCAGGCCUUCCUGAGCAGGAGGAAGCAGGUGGUGGCCAUGGCCCUGAAGCAGGCCCUGCAGCUGGACAGAGACCUGCAGGAGGAAGAGGUCCCUGUUGUGGGCAUCAUGGCGGAAGGAGGAGGUGCCCGGGCCAUGACCUCUCUCUGCGGACACCUACUGGCCCUGCAGAAGCUGGGCCUCCUGGACUGUGUGACCUACCUGAGUGGAAUCUCGGGUGCUACGUGGGCGAUGGCCCACCUGUACGGGGACCCAGAGUGGUCGCAGAAGGACCUCCAGGGACCCAUCAGCCACAUCCGGAAGCACAUGGCCAAGAGCAAGCUGAGGGCCUUCUCUCCACAGAGUCUGGCAAGCUACUGGCACAAGCUGCAGCUGCGGGCCUCACAGGGCCACCCCACCACGGCUGUGGACCUCUGGGCCCUCCUGCUGGAGUUCAGCCUGCAUGGCCAGGUGGCGGAUCAGACGCUCUCAGGACAGAGAGAUGCACUGGAGCGGGGUCAGAACCCUCUGCCCCUCUAUUUGAGCCUCAAUGUCAAAGAGGACACUGUGGACACCCUCCACUUCAAGGAGUGGGUCGAGUUCACCCCCUAUGAGGUUGGGUUCCUGAAGUACGGAGCUUUUGUGCCUCCUGAGCUCUUCGGCUCCGAGUUCUUCAUGGGGCGACUGAUGAGGAGGCUCCCUGAGUCCCCGAUCUGCUUUCUGGAAGCUAUCUGGAGCAACAUUUUCUCCCUGAACUUGAUGGACACCUGGUAUAACCUGGCCUGGUCUGGUGAGGAGUGGAAACAGCAUGUCAAGGAGGAGAUACACAGCACAGCUGCAGAGGAGCCUGAGGACUGUUUGAGGACCUCUUUAUGGACGGAGGCCUCAUGGCUGCAGCCUGGAACAGCCCUGGCACGGGCAUUUAAGGGGGUCCUGACAGGGAGACCACUCUGCCACCAUGGUGCCAAUUUCCUCCAUGGCCUCCAGCUACACCAGGGCUACAGUGGCCAGAAAGACUUCUCUACCUGGGCAGACUGCCAGUCGGACUCCACCCCUAGCCAGCUGACCCCCCAGCAACCCCAGCUCUGCCUGGUGGACGCUGGCUACUUGAUCAACAACAGCUAUCCCUCCAUGUUCCGGCCAGGCCGCAGGCUAGACCUCAUCCUCUACUUCGGCUACUCCCUGUCCUCGCACUUUGAGGCCCUGCAGCAGGCUGAGCUGUACUGUAGGACCCAGGGGCUGCACUUCCCCCACGUGGAGAUCAGUGCUGAGGACCGAUGCCAGCCCAGGGAGUGCUACCUGUUUGCGGACCCCACCUGCCCAGAGGCCCCAGUCCUGCUCUACUUCCCCCUGGUCAAUGUCUCCUUCAAGGAUCACUCCACCCCUGGUGUCUGGCGCAGCCCCGAAGAGCUCUGGGCUGGCCAAGUGGAUCUCAACAAGACCACCACACCCUAUUUCCUGCUCAACAUGACCUACUCGGAGGAAGACUUUGACCACCUGCUGCAACUGAAUGACUACAAUCUGCAGAACAGCCAGGACACCAUCCUGCAGGCCUUGAGGAUGGCUCUGAAGCAUAGGGCCCCAGAGGCCAGGCCUCAAGGGGCCCAGGUGUGAAGCUUCUCAGGGGCCCCAAGACCCUGAGGGCCACACUGUGACCAUGCAGGACCUGGGGACUUAACUACCUGCUGCUGAGCACAGUGAUCGCCCUCCCUGGCUGCUGUUCCCAGCUCUCCCACCCCAGGCCACCUCUGGAGUGUAUCUUGCCGCUCAGAGUGGGCUACACCCUGAUGUUCACAGCCGGCUUGAGGGUUGGAAAUAAACUCUUCCUCAGGCUAGCAUUUUAGCUGGGUAUGGAGGUGCACACCUGUAAUCCGAGCACUCUGGAGGGCUAAGGCAGGAGGAUUGCAAGCUCAGGCUGGUCAACUUAGUGACUUAGCAAGACUAUGUAUCAAUCAAUCAAUCAA